GCGCAUUGCGGGACUGCUCUGGCGACACCCACCUUUGCGGGGCAGGCUCCUAUUGACCUCUCGUGGAGGAGAGGAAGCAUUGGCAUGGGAUUGGACACUACGAAAUCAGACCAUGACCUUUUCCUUUUCAUCCAAGAUGGGGACCCAAGCAUGGUCCAAGAGCUCUACGAGGUGCUACUGGAUUUGCAGCAAGACGAGAAGACGCAUCUUCGGUUGAAGCGUGCGAAGAUCCUGUGCAAAGAUUUUGCGGUGGAGAUCCAGGGCUAUUAUCGCUCGAAAGAUUUUGACUUGGUGCCCUUCACAGACAUCCAAUCGAGUGACACAAGUGGUGAAUGCCAAUGGGACCCUGUACGGGAGGUCUGGCAGCGCAUCUUGCACAAAGACCUUGCGCCGAAACUCCAAGACUUGUCGUUGCAGCAUCCGGAUGGCUACCUUAUGACACGUGUCAUGAAGAGCUGGAAUGAAUCUUUGCCAAAGAUUCGUCGCAGGAAGCACCCCUUCAUUUCGGUCCACUUACCAUUGAUGGUUCUGGGGGCUGGUGACCAUGGCUGCUUUGAAGAGUGUAACAGCCCACAGACCUAUGUUUUGGCCUCAUUGAAGUUUAUUGGGGAGAACUGGUUGCGCUCGGAGCUUGACCCCGAUGACGUGACCUGGCAAGAUGUGAAUGCUAAACCUCAUUUGCAGCGGAUGACACAAAAAUAUCUUGAAAGUGUCACGCAGAAGGAACUCGAAAGGCUCUUGCAGACGAAAACGAGACUGUUUGAAGAAGCUUGCAGUCUUCGUGGUGAUGACAGAAUGUCCGCUGAUGGAGUGAUGUCUUUGAUGCGGGAGUUCUUCGGCUGUGACUUGUGCCUUCUGAGACCAGACCGAAAGGCAGCGCUUGCAAAGCGCUUGUAG